CAUCUCGUUUGCGUUUCGUCACACUCGUGUUCCCUGCGUUCAAGCGAUCCUUUGCUUGUAAUUCAUCCUGCUUUCCUUACCAAAAGAUUUCAUGGUGCGUCUGCGCACAUUCCAAGUACGCAGUGCUAAAGGCCUCUUCCGAGGUCUGGUCCAGAGAGGCCUCAACAUUGAAGCGCUCAACAACCUGACAUUAGGGAGUAUUUUCUUCAAUCUGUGUGAAGCUUGCCAAGUGCAGACGAUGGCUUCUAUUCCACCAUCAGCAUUUUCUGCGGGUCGUAUCCGUGAAACUCAGCGCGACAUGAAGGUGUCCAAUCCGAGCAAGGGCAGCCGCAAUGACUCGGGAAAAUUUUUCAACACUUCUAUGAUCGAGUCUCCGCUGAAGUAUAACAGCAAAUUGAUGAACAGCAUCUGGGGAUUCUACAAUCGCUACUCGCCGCAUAACGUUAAGAAAAUCAAUGAUGCAUUCACUUUCAAUGUGGAAUUGGAGCAAUCUGCUACCAAUUCCACUACAACUACAGACAAGAAGGAUACUGGGACUAAACUGCCAACAUCCAAAUUCGAUAAUAUGUGGGCAGCCCUUAAUCUGCCACAGCUUCAUUAGAAUGUAUUUGUAUUCUAAGACAAUCUGCUAGGUAGAGGAACGUGAGAAUGUCCCAUGGCCAAUAACGCCCUUGUACACCGAAUUACAACCCGGUGGAUCAUCUGUUUGCAAAAGAAACAAAGUAACCAAAAGUUAAGAAAAAUAAUCAUAUUAUACUUUAGCCUGAAGUGACAUUAAAAUUUUAAAAUGUUGUUUUUUUUAAAUGUGCGUCAUAAUAAUAUUACUGAGUGCCUUAAAGAAUUGAUAUUCUUGUUUUAAAAUUAAUCACAAAAAAAUCUAAACUUUUCAUCUUUGAACACAUUUGUUUAUUUCUCCAAGAAAUGUGAAAAUGAUCCAUGGUGUGUUUUAAUAAAUAAGUAUGUGAAAGGUUAUACCUAGUAGAUAUUUUUGGUAAUUUUUAUUUGCUAAAUUUGUAUACAAUCUUC